CAUCAUAUUAGCAUUUGCCAGUAGACUGCGCUGGCGCAUGGUGUUAAUGUUGGAAGUUGUGGAGAAGGGGUGUGUGCUGUAUUAUAUAUGUUUGGCCGGCAGUAGGAAAUGAUUCGAUUCAUCCUUAUUCAGAACAGAGCUGGGAAAACUCGGCUAGCCAAAUGGUACAUGAAUUUUGACGACGAUGAAAAGCAAAAACUGAUUGAAGAAGUGCAUGCAGUUGUAACCGUUAGAGAUGCCAAACAUACAAAUUUUGUAGAGUUCCGAAACUUCAAGAUCGUAUAUCGAAGAUAUGCAGGUUUAUACUUCUGUAUCUGUGUGGAUGUUAACGACAAUAAUUUAUGCUAUCUUGAAGCAAUACACAAUUUUGUUGAAGUCUUGAAUGAAUAUUUUCACAAUGUCUGUGAACUUGAUCUGGUAUUCAAUUUCUACAAGGUAUAUACUGUGGUGGAUGAGAUGUUCCUUGCUGGCGAGAUUAGAGAAACAAGCCAGACAAAAGUUUUGAAACAGCUGCUUAUGUUAAACUCCUUAGAAUAGCAUCUGUUUAUUGAGAAGAAAAUAAUAUCUUUGCUUUGAAUUGUGUAUCAUAUUGUGAAGAAACUUGUACUUCAAACAAUGACUCAUGGCUGCCCCUCAUUAAUUCCAACAUUCCAUUCUUAGCGUUUAUUAGAUAUAAGCAACUUCUUUAAAAUAUUUCCUGGUACAUGUGUAUUGGCAGGUGACCCACGUAAUUUUAAAAUUUACUGACACAUAUGUAACAACAGUGCUGCCAACCAUAUAAGUACUUAUAUAGUGGUGGGUAACCAAAAGUAUCAGUGAAAAUAAAAACAUGGAUGCUUCAAGAGAAUGUAAUGUUAGAAGGUUUUUAGAUAUUUAUUGUGAAAAACAAAACCAAAAGCAUAACUUUGUGGAUCUGGAGGUAGAUGCUGAGGUUAGGCUAUGGGUGUCUUUUUGGAGAUACACUUCUGAGGUCAGGCAAAGUAAAUUUUAAAGUUUCCUGGGUUUCUCAUCAAUACAUAAAUACCUUCUGUUCUACUGUGUAAGCAGUUUUACAUUUCAGGUGGGCCCAAGUGACGCACCUUGGUGUAUACAUAUUCAGGAGCUAUAUGUAAAACUUCUGUGGCAGCAGAAAUUAAAUGCAACAAACCUUAUACUUAGUU